AUGUACGAAGGGAUUGACAACCUGAAAUCCCUUUACGACCGUGCCGGGAAGACUUUCUCCGGCGGUCCUUCUGCGGCACAGGAUGUGCCGCAUCGUACUGCUCAACCAGACCCAGUACGUCGAUCAUCAGUUGGGAGCGGGUCUCCCAAGAAUCCUAGGACGGGGGAUAGCCGCGCCACCAGGCGAGGUAACUCGUCCGACGUCCGUUCACAUCGCGGUGGUUCAACAGCCGCUCAAUCAGAUAGUGCUGGCCACCGCAAGAGUCCUCUAAUGGAGGUGGAGGAGGAGGGAAAACGCUCUCCAAACUAUCGUGGGGAAGCGUGUAUCCCCGAGAACCUCUUUGAUCGCGUAACGCAAGGGUUACGCGGCGAUCUCGAACAUGAGCGGGACAGGCGUCUCCAACUGGCGGACACUGUCUUGAAGCAUCGAGCUGAGUUUGCCUUUGCUCAGCUUGAGAACAAGAGAGCUCUGACGUCUCUGCGUGACGAGCUAAGGACCCUUGUCGAUGGCCACCAUCGGGAGCACAAGGCUCUCUGCGAGAUGCUUGAGCGCAAGGGCGUACUUCAUCGGAAGAAGCAGCGUACUGAUGGUACGGCUUAA